UCAGCCGGAUCGGCUUUCAGCUGCAGCCUCCGGGCCGGCCGGGAAGGCGGGGAGCGGGCGGCGGCGGAGGAGGAGGGGAGGCGGCGGCGGCUGCAGCAUCCAGAGCUGGCCGCGGAGGCCGGCGCGCCCGGCGCACAAAGGCGCCCAGCCCCUGGGAAGGCGAUGAGCGCACCGUAGCCCGGGCCCCAGCUCCAACCACCAAGGAGUGCGCCCCGGGCGUGGGGAAGAUGCAGGGCGCGCCGGGGGCCGGCGGCCGAGGUGCGGCCCGUGCGCCCUGAGCUAGGGACUCGCCGCCCUCCAGGUCCCGCGCGGAGCUUUGGCACGGCUAGCGAGCGGGCCUUGGCGCACCUCCGGGAUUCGCGCAGAAGGAGCUUCCCCACUCCCACUCGACCUCCCGCGCCCUCCCUCCGCGCCAGAACGCCAACUUCCCCAAGAACGCUCCAACUCCAGGCCACCCUGCCAGGCAGAGGGGGCGCUGCUGCUGGGCGCGAGCCGUGACGACGCGCCCCUGGCCCUGGGGAGCUAACCGGCAUCUUCGGGGUAGCUCCAGCGCCCCUGAGUGGGCGACGGUAGACGCCUCUCCCCGGAGUCAAGGACCUGCCAGGGCUGGCGAUUCCUCCUGGGCAGACUCUUGCCCUCUCUUUUAUGGAAUGAAGGGUUUCAGGCAGCCCCUUGGCUAGAACAGGCCACUCGGUGUAGAACAUCAGAGGGUGUGGAGGUACCUGGAGCAAAGUUACCAGAAGUCUCUGCCUCAUAGUCCUUUAAAAAAAUAGGUACGUAAGUGCAUGCAUUUAACUUAUGUGAACAUAACUAUACAGACUUGGCAAGAAAGAUCAGCAAUAAAAAAAUAAAUAAAACAGCAACAUAUUUUUAAUAAAGCAUGGUCCCUAAAUAAGUCUCUCCUGGUGUAUCUGCUGCUGCUCAGUUCAAGAAAUAGUAAUCUGUUCUGAGGCUGUAGGAAAAACAUUUGUCUGUGCCAAGCCCUUUGGGAAAUAGGAUGGAAGACCCAUAUCAAGCAUCAUGAAACUUGUAGACCUUCAGAAGAACUUACCAGGGCCGUGUCGACUGCAUGUGAUUUUUACGUCACAUAUUGAGUUAAUCUGCAUUUGAAAUGUGUACUUUAGUUAUGGAAAAAAGAAGUUUGUUGUUAAAAAUGCAAACUAUACAAGAGGCAUGGAGUGGAAAUGUAUCCUUCAGCUGGACAAUGCUUUCUAAUGCAGCCAGAGGUAGCAGGUGUCCAACACAGCAAUGGUCGGAGGUAGAGGCCAGUGGGGUGCUGGCCUCACCAGCAAGAAAUGCAGCAUGUGGUGCAGAAGACAGGAUGCAGGAUGAGGUCACAGGGAGAUGGGGGCAUGCCACAGAGAGUGCCUGGCGCCUCUUGGGGAUGGGAGGAGAGUGAAUGAGUGUCAGCCAGGACACGGAGGUGUGGGCAGGAUGUGGUUACUGGGGGCAGUCUGCUAUGAUUGGUUCCGAUGUGGGCCAUGCUGGGAGAUUCGGCAUGGGAGAAAUAAGCAACAGUGGGUCUUGAGGACUCCUGUGUGCCAAAUUAAGGGUGCAGUGUCUCCCUAGAUAAGCCACCUGCAGAGUUGAAUGACAGGGUAGGGGCGGGGUGGUCAGAUUUACCCAGUGGCAGCAUGGAGGGUGUAGAGGGUGGGUUGGGGGGCGCAGACUACAGUCAGAGAGCCCCACUGUGCAACUGUUUCGGUAUUCCAGGCAAGGUCUGAACUGAAGAAGAGCUGAAGACAUUGAGGGAGACCGAGAGACAGGGGGAUCCAGGGCGAAAUGGGAGCGUGCUGAGAGGAGCCUGGUUUGCAGAGAAGAAAGAGGCUGCCUCCAGUCCUGGGCAGGUGGAUUCUGAGAUGCCAGUGGCCCCUGACCACCCAUGUCUGAUAUCUAGACAAGGUGGGCGUGUCCAAAGGGAAAGAGGCCAGCUGGCUUUACAAGGUCAUUUGAAGGAGCACCUAGUCUGCAGUGGCCAGAGGCUUCCAGGAGCUUGGGCCCCUGCCCCAGCCCCGUAGAGGCUGUGGACGCAUACGGUCCGGAAGCCUGGUUUCCAGCCCCGUGGCCCAUCCCUGGCUGCGGGGCGUGGAAGCUCCCAUAAGGUAGCGGUGGCCGGCAGCGGCCCCGUCCCAGCAGCAAGCCAUGGGCCAGAAGCUCUCCGGGAGCCUCAAGUCAGUGGAGGUGCGAGAGCCGGCACUGCGGCCAGCCAAACGCGAGCUGCGGGGAGUGGAGCCGGGGCGGCCGGCGCGGCUAGACCAGCUACUGGACAUGCCGGCAGCGGGGCUGGCGGUGCAGCUGCGGCACGCGUGGAACCCCGAGGACCGCUCGCUCAACGUCUUCGUCAAGGAUGACGACCGACUCACCUUCCACCGGCACCCAGUAGCUCAGAGCACAGACGGCAUACGUGGCAAGGUGGGCCACGCCCGCGGCCUGCACGCCUGGCAGAUCCAUUGGCCAGCGCGGCAGCGGGGCACGCACGCCGUGGUGGGCGUGGCCACGGCGCGCGCCCCGCUGCACUCGGUGGGCUACACGGCGCUGGUGGGCAGCGGCCGAUCGUGGGGCUGGGACUUGGGCCGCAGCCGCCUCUACCACGACGGCAAGAACCGGCCCGGUGUGGCCUACCCCGCCUUCCUCGGGCCUGAGGAGGCCUUCGCGCUGCCCGACUCGCUGCUCGUGGUGCUGGACAUGGACGAGGGCACGCUCAGCUUCGUCGUCGAUGGCCAGUACCUGGGUGUGGCCUUCCGUGGCCUCAAGGGCAAGAAGCUGUAUCCGGUGGUGAGUGCCGUGUGGGGCCACUGCGAAGUCACCAUGCGCUAUAUCAACGGCCUUGACCCUGAGCCUCUGCCAUUGAUGGACCUGUGCCGGAGAUCCAUCCGCCUGGCCCUGGGCCGCCAGCGCCUUCAGGACAUCGGCUCUCUGCCUCUGCCUCAAUCUCUCAAAAACUAUCUGCAGUACCAGUGAUCUGGGGGCUGAGGGGCAGCAGGGGGCACCCCCAGCCCUGGGUCAUCAUUUCCCGGUCACACAGGGCUCCCUCCUCGCCCUGGUUCCCCAGGACAUUCAGAUUCAGUGCUUUGAAAGGCAAGGACGUCUUCCCAACUUUGAAAAUGGAAGGUCUGUUGCCAACCGAUUUGCUGCCUUGGGAGCAGCCCUCUCAAGUCAGACACCUCCUGGGAAGCCGCGAGGACCCUGGAGCCUGCGUCGGGCGGAGAUCCUGCCCGCUGCCAGGCAGGACACAGCGGCCACCAGUAUUGAUCUGAGAGCCUGUUUCCCUAUUCAAGAGAAUGAAUAAAACAUUGGGGCAGGAGACUGUAUUGUGAGCCCCGGUGCAGUCAGGGCCAGGGGAAAAUGGGCCAGCUGCGGCAGGAGAUUGCCUCUGAAUAAUGAAUGGUGAAAGCAGCUUGAAGCUGGCGCCCCUCUGGCCCCCCGCCUCCCCCCGGGCCAGGGCAGCAGGAUUCUGUGCCCCUUUGGAGGACUGAUACGCAGGAAUGCCCAGCUGCGGAACUGGCAAGGCAAAGCGGUAUUGAGGACCCCGCCCCCGGCUUACCUCUGAACCCUUGUUUACUUCCCCCUCACGCGCCCUCCUUCCCCACCCACACCCCGGGUCUCUGGAUGCCCCCGGCACCCACCUCUAUUCAGGGAAGAGUCUGACGAUUUCACACAGGGACAGAGUGUAUCCUUUAUUAUUAUUAUUAAGUAGCAUCGAAUUUUAAAAGAGGAGUGUGGUGAGGGCAGUACGUAGUCCAAAGGUGCUAAUGGGGCAGUUGGGGGCCUGGUGACACCCAUGGGGGUGAUGUCCUCUGCCUGGGGAGCCUUCCUGGGGUAUUGAGGGUUUCCAGGCAACCAUCACUUCAGGAUGCAGCCUGGCUGCCACAAAGCUUUAUUUGAGCGAAUUAUUUUUUCACUUUAGGAGACUUGUUCGGGUUUGUUUCUGUUUCACUUGCCCACGGGCGCGCGUGCAUGUGCGUGUGCGUGUGCGUGUGUGUGUGUGUGUGUGUGAUGUGCCAUUUCUUAGCUUGGGGCCUUGGGGGUGGCCUCGUAACUGGUCGGGUGGGUGUGGGGCAUUUACUCCCUCUGCCUCAGCCUGUCCUCCUCCAGGAACGACGAUGCUGCUGCUGCUGCUGCUGCCGCCGCUACCGCUGGGCAUCUCCUAUGUCUCCAACGCUCUCUGCCCAGACUGAUUUUUAACUGGAAACUGUCACAGCAGUGGGAUACCAGAGCCCCAGACAGCACUGUCUCCCGCCACUUUAAUGUGAAUUUGACUGACAAAUGAGGAGCGUUUCUAGUAAAGUUUGUUGUUCAUCCUUCA